GCUUUCUCUCAUCCCGCAACACUCAAGAGGUAGCGCGCGUUCCAGGUAGCAUAUAUUUCAGUGGAGAAAACUUGCCCAUCCCUACCUACAAGUACACAUAUUCUAAUCCUGAUGCAUACUUGACGAGUCGGCAUGUAAUCGUAAUGGAGUAAGUGGAAGCCAACGCAAAAUUGUUCGCAAUCCAUCGAUAGAGAAAGAAAGAGAGAGAAAAACUUGAGGGGAGAAGUGUUCGAGUCCGGAACGAAGUAAAUGUGCGGCAAGGAUGGAAUUACCGCGCAACAACAAUGAGCCGCAUCACGAGUCGCGGCCGUACGCGACCGUAUAGCUUAACCAUAGGGACGGAAACGAUAAGCUCGGCCGGCACGAACACUGUCUCGAGGCGUUAUCGCCUUAUUCUCUGACAGUCGCAGAAUAAACGUCACGCGAUACACGAGCCGACCCAGUGUUCUUCGGGACACGAGAGGUGCGGAGGGAGGAUCGUUGCGAUCGCGCGAAGCCCUCGCACCGAGAGUCUCGCAAGCUUACCUGCAACGCGUGCCAGCAUCGGCGAGCGUCGCCGACAUGAGCCAGACGUGCGGCUCGAGUCACGUCGAUCGUACAAACGGCCCCGUCAGCUGAUCAUUAUUGAACAACGAAAUGUGAGCAGCAGGUAUCCCCAUCGUCGAGUCACGAUCCGUACAAUCAUAUAUUGCAGGUUCGAUUGUCGCGGCCUGAUUCCUCCGCAUACAUUAAGACUAAUCGUAAGCGUAACGUGAGGCGCGGCAGGACGCGAGCAUACUGGCUGACAGUAGAGUUUAUAUGGAAACAUGGGGAACAAAAAUAGCUGCUGUGUCUACUCUAGUCCACAAAGUGGACGCAAGGAACCAGGCUCCGAAGGUACCACUCGCAACCUGGAGGAACACUUGCCUGAGGGUGGGAUUAGCGUUAAUAAUUUGCAACAUAUCAGUGAACGUGAGCCUGAAGACUGGGACUCUGAUCCGUCGUUGCAUCCGUGUGCAGGAACUAUUUUUAUGGAACGUUCAAAACAAGCCAUAGAGAAUGGCAUGGUGAGAAAAAAAAGUCAACAUCAGAUAGCAGAUACAAGGCCUUUAAAGAAAAGUAGUAGCUGCAGUACAAUAUAUCUAGAUGACAGCACAGUCUCACAACCUAAUUUAAAAAAUACCGUCAAAUGCGUUGCCUUAGCUGUUUAUUACCAUAUUAAGAAUAGAACUUCACAGCGGCAGAUUGAUAUAUUCGACGAGAAACUACAUCCUUUAACGAGAGAUGGUGUUUCAGAUGAUUACGAUAAACAUAAUCCGGAGCACAAACAAAUAUAUAAAUUUGUGAGGACUUUGUUUAAUGCCGCUCAGCUCACAGCUGAAUGUGCCAUUAUAACAUUGGUUUACUUAGAACGCCUACUUACUUAUGCAGAAAUAGAUAUUACGCCAGCUAACUGGAAACGGAUAGUUUUAGGAGCUAUUUUAUUGGCGUCUAAAGUUUGGGACGAUCAGGCGGUGUGGAAUGUAGAUUAUUGUCAGAUACUGAAAGACAUCACUGUGGAAGACAUGAACGAGUUGGAGAGACAAUUUUUGGAAAUGCUACAAUUCAACAUAAAUGUUCCUUCGAGUGUAUAUGCCAAAUAUUACUUCGACCUUCGUACACUUGCGGAAGCAAACGAAUUAACAUUCCCUAGUGAACCUCUUAGUAAAGAAAAGGCGCAGAAGCUAGAAGCUAUGUCCAGAGUCUACGAGGACAAGGUUACAGCCGUGGCUUUACGUACCGGUGUUAAAAAAUGGUCCAGUUUAGACAAUGUAUGCAUAGGCGGACCUAGACGUAGCAUCGCUAUUUUAUCUUAAACGUAUAUACGGAUAUAGGGUAUGUUUAUAUCUGCCCUGACGAGGUCCGCAAGCACUUCUUUUAAAACCCCGCGGAUAAGCGGAUGUAAACGUAUGUAUGGUCACUAUUUCAUAUUUUAAAUGAAGGUACACGUGGAAUUUUGUGUAGAAACAUUAUUGUUACCAAGUGAUUUUUAAUCUUUUUCAUCGAAAAGGAAUUGUUUGGAUUACCGAACACUUAUGUUGCGUCUUUAUUUAAUCGAUAUGGAUUAACAUUCGAUGUAUUAUAUACAUCACACGAAUAACAGAGUCAUUAUCUUGCGAACGCAGUUUUACGUAUUGUCCGAGUUAGAUGUUAAAAACAUUACAUAUACGUGGUGUAUUGCUAAGUUGUACCAUAACGAAAAACCUACCACAGAUUUAGCUUACAACUGACUUAAAUUCAUUCUUAAAAUCGUGACAGGUAAUUAUACCUGUAGAUAUUUUCUCGGUUUAUUGUCACUUUCAAUGAGUCAUUCUUGUUAUCCACGUUAAGGAGUUAAGGGGAUGCCAAAGUGCUAAAUGAAAUACAAAAAUACCGAUAACGUAGAAGCGAUCGUCAAGAUAUCAUGUUGGAUUAGCACGAUCGGCCUUUUCGAAUAUUUUGUACGUCUAGAUCUUGUAUUGUAAUUGUGUACUGUUUUGUUUUAUUAUAUUUAGCGGAAAACCUAACCGUACAUACAAAAAAUUCUUUUUGCAAAUUCCUUGUAUAUUUUUAAGCUUCUAAACUCAGUUGUAAAGAUACAGCAACUCUUUGCAAUUGAAACGCAGCAAUUGAGAUGUUUCUAAGCAGAGCAAACACAUGUUCGAAAAUGUAAGCUGCACAACUUUUGUAUCAGGCAAUUUACAUUAACUAGUAACAGCCCGAGAUAUCAAUUUGGAAAUUUCGUAUUGUUUUCAUUGCAUAUUAUGCAAUUUAUUUUUGCACAUAUUUUUAUGUUGUAAAAACAUCUUACAACAUACAUAAAACUUUAUUUGAAAUUAUAUUAUUAAAAAUUGUUCAACCAAUAUGGCAUGAACUUUGCAGGAAAAAAUCAGUAGUUAAAGCAUGGCAUCCCUUUAAAGAAAAUGUAAUAAGAAAAAAAUUCCAAAUUAAAUCUCGCUUUCAAUUUAAACAAUUUCUAAUUGCUUUGAUUAAACGUGUGUUAUACUAAUCAUAUAAAACCAGAGAUAUAUUGAUCUUAUUUGUCAAGCAGUAUUAAUAUAUCUCGAUAGCUUACGCAAAAAUUUUGUCAGUCCGGGACCUUACAAUGCGAAUAUAAUAAUAAAACAUACGAAUGAAGUAUAUUAUCGAAGAAAAAAGGAGUUUUAGUCCUAGCAUUAUCUGUGUAUUGUCCUCUUAUAUGGGAGAGAAAAUAACUUGUGAUAUAUAUUAGUCAACUAUUCAUUAUCCAAAGCAUUUUAUAUAUUGACUGAAUU